AUGGCACCGCAUCACGAACCCUUCAAAGGCCUCGCGCCCGUAAAGUGGGAGGCCGUCGCCCAGGAGGACCCCAAGGAGUUCAUGAAGAACGUCUUCGCCGACGCCCAAACGAUCAUCGACUCCAUCCCCGUCCCCGCCGCCGUCAAACAGGCCACCGCCUCCCACGGCCGCACACGCUCGCACACCGACCCCCCGCUGCCCGUCGCCGACAUCAACCGCUCCCUCUCCCAGCGUCAGACGGGCGCCGCCCUACGCCUGUCGCAGGACCUGUCCAAGGAGUGGAAGGAGGUCAAGGUCAACGCAAAGGACAACCCGCUCGCCAUCAACGUCUACAAGCUUGCCUCCAAGGACGGCAAGGGCAGCUGGUUCGCGCGGCGCAGCAUCCACGACGGCCUGACGUUUGAAAAAUGGAAGCUGGGCCUCGAGAGGGAGUUUGCCGAGUCCAUGAAGGUGCAGAGCGGUCCCGGCGCCGGCGCCAUCCGUGGCAUUGGAGCCGAGAAGUGCGUGGUGCACGAGGUCGUCGAAGGAUCUGGAAAGAUGGAAGUUUUCCAGCUAUCGGCGCAGUUCCCAGGCCCGACAGCUCCGAGAGACUUUGUGACCCUGCUUCUGACUUCCGACUUUUCCGGCAGCGCCCCGCAGGAGGGCGGCAGGCGUCCGCUGAGGACGUUCAUGAUUGUCUCAAAACCGUGCGUGCACCCCGAGUGCGCCGAACGGCCAGGCUUUAUUCGAGGUCAAUACGAGUCGGUGGAGAUCAUCCGCGAAAUCCCGUCCGACAAGCCCGCUGCCAUCACCCGCGCACGAUCCUCAAUUGAUCUUAGCCAAGAAGGCGCAAAGGAACGACAGGCGGUGGCCGAGUCCAUGAGCAAGGAAGCUGUUCUGCGGGCAGCAAAGAAAGCAGCAGACGGCGAGGGGCGCCACCGGGGCGUAUCCGUCGACAGUGCCCCGGCCAGAGACGACGCAGGACACGCCGGCGAGAGUGCUGAGGAGGAGGGAUCGAGGGCGAUCGAGUGGCUCAUGGUUACCCGCAGCGACCCCGGCGGCAACGUUCCUCGUUUCCUGAUUGAUCGAGGUACGCCCGGGGGUAUCAUAGGCGACGCCGGCAAGUUCAUCAAGUGGAUGACUGCCAAGUCCGCCGACGACUUGACUGCCUCGGACACUGAACAGGAGGAGAUGAAGCAGGGCGCUAAGCAGGCCGAGGACAACAAGAACGCUUCGCCAGUGGAGAUGGCUAAGCGACCGACGCCAAAUCUCGUACCCGAGCCCUCGGCGCAGGUACGGGACGACUCCGUUCCCAGCAGCAACGGUCUGUACGGCAUCAUCUCUGGGGCAUUCGGCAUGGCUAGCUCCGUGGUAGCAAGCCGCAUCCCGGAAGGCUACGCUCUGCCGGGCAUUUUCCAGGCGCCGAGCACCAAUGGCUCGAUAGCUGAAGAGGAGGAGGAAGACAACGACUCGGACGAGAGCGACACUUCGUCCAUUCGAAGCUUCGCCUCUGCCGUUGAGAAGACGGACGAGGGUGAGGCCGUCACACCCCCCGAGAUGACGCAGCCCGAUACACUGUCGCUGCACUCGUCGGGCUCCGGUGCCGGGUCCCUCCGGGGAUCCAAGACGUCCUCCCACCACGAGAGGGAGCUCAGGAAGCUCCAGGAGCGCCGCCAGAAGAUGCAAGACAAGAUCAACAAGAUGCAGGAGCGCAUGUCGAGCAAGCGGGACCAGGACUCGCAAAAGGAGGCGGCGAACCUGGUCAAGCUGCGCGAGAAGCACGACAAGGAGAUGGCCAAGCAGGAGGAGAAGUACAAGCGCGACCUGCAGCGGCUCGAGCAGCGCCGCGAGCAGGAGCAGCGCAAGGCCGAGGAGAAGCGGCGGAAGCAGGCGGAGAAGGAGGAGAAGAGCAACCUCGCGCUAGAGCUCGAGCGCGUCAAGACUGAGAGGGACGUUGCGCUCAAGGAGAUUGACAUCCUCAAGGAGCAGAUUGGCCAGCUGCAGAGCCAGAACACCAUGCUUGUGGUCAAGUUGGGCAAGAUGGGCGGGCUCAAGAGGCAGGACUCGUCGCUGAGCGUGCCCGGGGAGAAGGUCGUCCAUACCGUCUCCAACUGA